AUGGCAUUCCUCCCUCGCCCCAAGUUCCCUUUCUCCUCAACAACCCCCUCCUGGUUCGCAGGCCACAUGGCCCGCUCCUUGCGCGAGCUGCCACAGCUCUUGGACGACAUUCAUCUCGUCAUAGAGGCAAGAGACGCCAGACUGCCAUUGACGAGCAUCAAUACCGCCUUUGAUGGAGUGCUGUCAAAGUGGAUCAGUAGAGGAAAGUCAAAAGGGGUGGAGAGGGAGAGGCUUGUGGUGUACACCAAGAGAGAUCUGGCCGAGAAGCGGUUUGAAAGUCCUUUAACGAAAGCCUUCCAAGAACAUUCAAAGCAGAAAAUCAUGUUUGCCGAUACUCGGUCAAAUCCAGAUGUCAAAGAAGUCUUGUAUCAUGCCGUCGGCAAGUCAAACCAGUAUAUCCCCAUCUAUAACAUUCUCGUCCUUGGAAUGCCCAACGUCGGGAAAUCCUCCCUCCUCAACGCCCUUCGGCGUGUGGGCGUAAAGAAAGGAAAGGCGUUCAGAACAGGCGCCAUGGCGGGCGUGACAAGGAAAUUGACUGGGACGGUAAAGAUCUUUGAGGCGCCUGAUGUGUAUGUGUUUGACACGCCGGGAGUUAUGAUGCCUUAUCUUGGAAAAGGGGAGGAAGGGCAGGAGAAAGGUCUCAAGCUUGGUCUGACUGCUGGUAUCAAAGAAGAUCUCUUUGAACUAGAUGGCAUGACCGACUAUCUUCUCUGGAAGAUGAACCGCCGCCUCGUAUCGCAGCCUCGACUACCCUCCUACCUCACUCAGCUGCCCCUUCCCCCUUCAACCCAGCCCACAGACGACUUGCGUAGCUUGCUCGCUGUCCUCUCAGACAGACUAGCGAUGAAGUCGAAAGGAGGCGAGCCUGAUUUCGAGAGCGUGAUGACUUGGAUCAUCAAAAGCUGGAGGGAGGGGAGGUUUGGAGAGUGGACAUUGGACGAGCUGUUGCCUUACGAUGCUGCUCCUUACCUGCUGGAAGGAAAGCAACCUCAGCCCUCGGUCGAGCUUCUCGAAUCACAACGAUCACCAGAAAUCUCCCUAGACGCUCAAGUCUCUCAAACCGUCUCUUCUUACCUUGCCUCCGUCGCCCCUCGAUCUUCUGUCGAACCCAUGGCCGCCGUUUCAUCCUCGCAACAACGCAAGAUGGACAAGUCCCGGCGACUGCACGAGAAGGACGCCAAGCUGCGGGCCAAGGGUAUCAAUGUGAAGAAGAGGGAAGAGUGGCUACCUGGCGGUAUGGUUGGGGGCAAGAAGAGGGGUGUGGGAGUGAAGAGUAUGAUGGGGACUGCAGGAAGGGCGUUUAGAAGGAGAGGGUAG